AUGUCAAUUCGACAACCUCUCGAAAAUCACGAUCAGACUAACAUUGCUGUUGGGAAGAAGGCCUUUCAGAGUUCUAGCCUGGGGCUGGCCGAGUCUGCACUGGACGGCAAUCUGUCUACGGACUUCCUCCAGGGAACGUGUUCACACACCGCCUUCUAUGACGACGGCAUCCCAUGGUGGUCUGUGGAUUUGGGCGACGUCUACAACAUCACCGAGAUACGUUUAACCAACAGAGGAGACUGCUGUGGCAGUCGUCUGCAAAACUUCUUCAUCUUCCUUGGCAACGACAGCAACGCAGAUACUUCGCUCUGCGUGUACUAUGGCGGAACAGUACCAGAUGGCGCCACUAUCAGCAUCACCUGUACAAGGACGAGCGUGAGCAGGUUUAUUAAGAUCCAGCUGAACAGCAACCAGGCUCUGACUCUCUGUGAAGUACAGGUGUUCGUGGAUUCCGAAGCAAACAACGUAGCCUUGGGGAAGUCAGCUUCCCAGAGUUCGAUGCUCGGCGCCGCGGGGCUGGCGGUGAACAACAGCACAGACACGGCAUACACUCACGGGUCGUGCUCCCACACCGAUGUCAACUCACGGGAGCCUCCCUGGUGGACGGUCGACUUGGGCCACCUGUACAGGAUCUCUUUGAUCAAAAUAACAAACAUCGGAGACUAUCGAGGACAAGCACUAAAGGACUUCGAUGUUUUACUUACCGACUACGCCAAUACAACCACAUCGUUGUGCAUGCAUUACUAUGGCUUAAUAAGUGAGGGAGCUACAGUGAAUGUCGUCUGCAACCAGUCCAAUGAGGGAAGAUACGUGACCAUCAGACUUACCAACAACGAUAUGCUGAGUCUUUGCGAAGUGCAGGUGUAUGGUACACAGGUUGAUCUGCCGAAAAUAAUUCUGAGAAUGAAGCCAAUAGGUAACAGCACAGAGAGAAAUGAAACUGCACCUGACAUCACAUCAGUUCCUUCUUAUAACUCCACAGUAGUUGCUAACGAGUCCAGCAUGUGCAUGUGCCCGUGCUACACGUGGGUUCGCGAACAGCCGUCUGCCAUUGAACUUCAGCGUAUUCUUGAUAUGAUACGAAACCUGUUGCUGGUGCGACGAAACGAGACGUCCAAGUUCCGUCGCAAUCGGGUUUCAGCUACAGACGAGAGAGUUUCCGCAAGAAGAAUUGGUUUCCUUGGCAUCUUCGUCUUCUCUGCAAUAGUAUUUCUCAUAGUCCUUUCAGAUUUUAUAUCGCUCUUUCAAACGUUCUGCCCGACAUCGGAAAAACGAGAACGGUAAUCAUGCAGACAAGCGUGGAUGCUAAGAGAGAACUCUAGCAUAACUGGAAAAACUGACAUAAUGUUUAAUAAAACUAACAGGCAGAAUCCAGGCAUGUGCUACGGGCCCCGCAUUUCUGGGGGCCUCGCGGUGAUGUGUACAUUUAUUUUUUCCCAGAUAAUUUUUACCCUCUCCCCGAGGGGAUUGCAAAAUAUAUAUUCUGGGAAGGGGUCUUGGCUGUUAUUUGUGCUACAGGGCCCGCGGAUCCUUAAAUCUGCUCUGGCAGAAUCAUAUUCAACAAAUGCAACGACAACAGUGAUGAGGCUAAAUAUCAUAUCACGCCUUUCAGGCGCGUGUACAGACAGUUUAGCAGGGAGGGGUCUAGAUUGUGACGACCGGACUUUAUAGAGGGUCGAGCCAUGAUCUCCCAGAAAACAACAUUAUGAAAAAACAAAGAUUGUUGAGCAGGGAGGGGUUUUAAGCCCCGAAACUCUUCCCCUGCACACACACCUGCCUUUCGUUAUGGUUCAGUUGCUUUCCUCGAUAUAGCUUGACGUGUUGUAUUGUGUAUGAUUAAUAUGAAUGCCUAAUAAACACUGAAAACCA